GUAAAAGCAAUAUAAGUCCGGUUCCAUGGAGGAGUCAUAAAAAAAUAUAUAAGCUGCAAUCCAGCCGCCCCAUCUCUUGUCUUGCUUUUAUUCUCUAGUUCUCUUUUUUUCUUCAGAAACUUUUUCUCCCACGCUAUCACCCAUUAUGCUCCGAACCUUUUUCAGCCCUGCCAUCGUCAAGCCCCUUUCGGCUCAAAAGGCUAAUGUCGUCCGUUCCUUCAGCACUGGCUUCGUGUUGAAAACGAUAAUAGACGUGGCUGGUGGUGCCGGUGACAAGUCUUACGACCACAUUAUGGCCGAGACUCGUGGCAAGGUCGGCCUCAUUACGUUGAAUCGUCCCAAGGCAUUGAACGCAUUGUGCCAUGACUUGUUUGUCGAAGUCAACCAUGCUCUCCGCUCCUAUGAUGCCAACGCCGAUAUUGGUGCCAUUGUCAUUACUGGUUCCGAGAAAGCCUUUGCAGCUGGUGCUGAUAUCAAGGAAAUGAAGGAUAAAGCUUUCAUGGAAACUUACAAGACUGACUUUUUGGGUCACUGGGCUGACAUGACCAACAUCAAGAAGCCCAUUAUCGCCGCCGUCAACGGCUACGCUCUUGGAGGUGGUUGUGAAUUGGCCAUGAUGUGCGACAUUAUUUAUGCUGGCGAAAAAGCCGUGUUUGGUCAACCUGAGAUUAAAUUGGGCGUCAUCCCUGGUGCCGGUGGUACUCAGCGUCUUGUCAAGGCCGUUGGCAAGUCCAAGGCCAUGGAAAUGGUAUUGACUGGUUCCGUGAACCUCAAUGCCAAUGAAGCUCUUGGAUUGGGUUUGGUGAGCAAGGUAUUGCCUGCCGAUCAACUUGUUGAUGAAGCUGUCAAGACGGCCGAAACCAUUGCCAAGAUGAGCCAGCCCUCGGUUCAAAUGGCCAAGGAACUUAUCAACAAAUCGUUCGAGGUUCCUCUUUCUUCCGGCUUGCGUUGGGAACGUAUUCUGUUCCAGGCUCUCUUUGGCACGGUACGUAGUGAGAGAUUAUGAAAAACAAAGUACAAAACAGGAAAUCCUCAUUCCCCACAUCAUCUCUUUUUUUUUAGGCUGACCAAAAGGAAGGCAUGACCGCUUUUGUCGAAAAGAGAAAGCCCGACUUUACCCACCAGUAAAAAAGAAAAAAGCAACAGAAU